AUGAGUGUGCCCGAGCCAGGCAAACCGCUUAAUCAUUUUUAUCAAUACCCCGACUACUAUAACUCCGACCUCCAUCCCUACCUCGACCUCUCUCUUUUGCCUCCUUCAACGGCCUUUCCCCCCGUUGAGUUCGACCCAUCUUUCUUUGCGACCGAUCCACUCGAUCAAAGCUACUACCCCGAUCUUACUACCACCACUACUGCCACAAACCACUUGGACUUUGACUUCGACUUCGACAUCAACACCCUGAACGACCUCGCAGACCCCGUGUCAGACUCCGCGAUAAACUCCUUGCUCAGUUCCCCGGACAGUCUCAGUGAAUCCUACCUCUUCGAAUCGCCAAGCGUGCAGUCCUUACCUGACCCGCAAAUUCAAACCCCACCUUUAAUCCCACAGCCACAGCCACAGCCACAACCAAUGCCCGCGGUGACGACGGACUACUCCUCGACCAAACCAUCCUUCACCGUCACCCGGGUGGCAACCUCCAAAGAACCGCCCAACAAAGUGAGCAAGCGGCAGCUGAACACGCUCGCGGCGCGGCGGUACCGACAGCGCAAGCUGGACCGGGUGAACGAGCUGGAGGCGGAGCUGGCGGCCGUGAAGCGGGAGCGGGACGAGCUACGGAUGCGCGUGAGCAAGUUGGAGGGAGAGACGGAGGCGUUGCGGGGGAUGGUGGGGAAGAAGUAA